GGGAGGUAUAUAUAAAUUUACACUCUGUCAAGAUGAUCUUCUUCUUGUUGGUUAGUUAUUACUCACAAUAUCAAUUAAGUAAAUAAAGUAAUAAAGAAAACAAUUAUUCAAUUACAAUGUCAGAAAUUUAUUUAGUAACUGGAGGUACUGGUUAUGUUGGAUCAUUUACUGUAUUACAAUUAUUAGAAGAAGGUAAAACUGUUAAAACUACCAUUAGAAAUUUAGGUAAAGAAGAACAAUUUCGUAAAUCAUUAUAUUCUUCAAGUGAAAAAUUAACUAAAGAAAUUGUUGAUUCUAAAUUAACCGUUAUUAAAGCCGAUUUAUUACUGGAUGAAAAUUGGUUAGAAGCCUUUAAAGAUGUAACUUAUGUUUUACAUGUAGCAUCUCCAUUCCCAUUAGAACAACCAGAAGAUCCAGAAACUUUAAUUAAACCAGCAAAAGAAGGAACUUUAAGAAUUUUACAAUUUGCUGCCAAAACUCCAACUGUUAAACAUGUAGUAGUAACUUCUUCCUUUGCUGCCAUUAGAUUUGGUUAUCCUGAAGAUAGAACUGAAACUUUUACUGAAAAGGAUUGGACUAUUGUUGAAAAUGCUUCAUCUUAUUAUGUUAAAUCAAAGGCUAUUGCUGAAAAGGCGGCUUGGGAUUAUGUCAAAGAAAAUAAUGUUAAAUAUGGAUUAACUGUUAUUAAUCCAGCUUUAAUUAUUGGUCCAUCAUUGAAAUAUCAAAUAACUAAUUCUACUUCAUUAACUAAGAUUAAAACUUUAGUUGAUGGAUAUUUUAAGGAUGGAGCUCCAAAACAAUAUUUAAGUUUAGUAGAUGUUAGAGAUAUUGCUAAAUUACAUAUUGAAGCAUUAACUAAUCCAAAGGCUAAUGGUGAAAGAUUCUUAGCUCAUAGUGGUCCAAGUAUUUCAUUAUAUGAAGCAGGACAAAUUUUAGCUAAAUCUAAUAUUAGUGAUGAACUAAAGGCAAAUAUUCCAACUAAGGAAUUAGAAGGUACUGCCAAACCAAUCCCUUCAAGUGUAGAAAAGGCAAAGACUACAUUCAAUUGGACUCCAAUUCCAAAUGAAGUUUCUUUAGUUGCUUCUAUUGAAGGUAUUUUACUUCAAGAACAAGCUUAAAUUAUAAUAAGGAAUAAGUAGAUUUAGAUUUAUUUAGAG